AUGCGGUUCAGUCUGAUCAGCCUUUUGGCCUUGGGGACACUGUCCCAGGCCGCCUUCAACCAGGGUGCCAUCAACGCCUUCAACCGUCCUCACCCCCGAGGCUACGAGCAGAGGCGCACGCCGGUAGCCCCGGAGCAUCCCGUGUUGAACAAGAGGAGCAAGCACAAGUUCCUCAACAAGAAGUCGGAGAAGUUUGUCGUAAACGGAUCUGCUAUUCCUGAGGUUGACUUUGAUGUUGGCGAGUCUUACGCCGGAUUGUUGCCUAUUUCUCAGAACCCUAAGGAGGAGAGGGAGUUGUUCUUCUGGUUCUUCCCUAGCACCAACCCCAAGGCUGGUAAAGAUGUUGUCAUCUGGUUGAACGGAGGUCCUGGCUGCAGUUCUCUCAGCGGUCUCUUGACCGAGAACGGCCCUUUCCUGUGGCAAGAGGGAACUCUUGCACCCGUCCCCAACUCCUACAGCUGGACCAAUCUAACAAACGUCAUCUGGAUCGAACAGCCCGUUGGUGUAGGCUAUAGCAAAGGCAAGCCCAACAUCACCAACGAAGUCGAGCUCGGCCUCCAAUUCACCGGCUUCUGGAAGAACUUCAUCGACACUUUUGAACUCAAGGGCGCCACAACCUACAUCACCGGCGAGUCCUACGCCGGCUACUACGUCCCCUACAUCGCCGACGCCUUCAUCACUGCCAACGACGACGACUACUACAAGCUCGGUGGAGUCGCCAUCAACGACCCCAUUAUCGGAGAUGGCACGCUUCAGCAGCAGGCUGUCAUCUUCCCCUACAUCGAGUACUGGCAGAAUAUCUUCAACCUCAACCAGACCUACUUGAAUGCUCUGCGGUGGACGCAUCAGCACUGUGGGUAUGAGAAGUAUCUCAAGAAGUACGGAACUUUCCCUCCUCCUCAGGGCAAGUUUCCUGUUCUCCCUGAUCCAUACGCCGAUACGGAUCCUAAGAGCAACUACACUUGUGAUAUCUUUGAUUAUGCCUAUGCCGCUGCUGUUGAUCAGAACCCUUGCUUCAACAUCUACCACAUCACCGAUACCUGCCCUCAUCUUUACGGACAGCUUGGCAUUGUCAACUCGGGCGACUACUCCCCCAAGGGCGCUGAAGUUUACUUCAACCGUACCGACGUCAAGAAGGCCCUCAAUGCCCCUACAGACGUGACAUGGUACCAGUGCACACCCAACCCCGUCUUCGGCUUCGGCGACCCCAAGUCCAACCAGAGCGACACCUCUCUCGCCCCAGCCCAGACCAACGUCCUCCGCCGUGUGAUCGAGCACACCAACAACACCAUCAUCGGCGUCGGUCGCCUAGAUUACAUUCUCCCUCCUAACGGCACACUCUUCGCCCUGCAGAACGCCACCUGGCACGGAAAGCAGGGAUUCCAGAAGUAUCCCCAAGACAAGGAGUUCUACGUGCCGUUCCACCCCGAGUACAACGGCGGCAGACUCAGCGAGGCUGGUAUUGUCGGCCACUGGGGUUACGAGCGUGGUUUGACCUACUACGAGGUUCAACUGGCUGGACACGAACUUCCUGGAUAUACUGCUGGCGCUGGAUACCGUGUUGUUGAGCUUAUGCUUGGAAGGAUCAAGAACUUGGGAGUUAUCGAGGACUUUACUACCCAGAAGGGGGACUUUCAGGGUAAUGGAACAUCGCGGGAUGUGCGCGUUGUGAACCCCCUUGGUCUUCCUUGGGGCCAUGGAAUUAGCUACAACUAG